AAUGGAUCUAGCAAUCUUUUUCAACAACAUUGUGCAUGCAAAUUUGUUUACUUUGCAAAUUGAAUCCAGGAACCAAUUUUCUUGAAUAUUAGAUAAAAUUUCCCAGGAAUACCAAAUUAGUAUUUAUCAGCUUAAUCGGAAGUAUUGUUCAAUCACCAAUGGAAACAUCAUUCAAAGGUUUGGCAGACGAUUUAAACAAUAUACCAUUAGCUGAUGAAGAUGCUCCAGAUGAAGAGGAAAGUGAUGAUGAAGGUGCAUCUAGACUUGAUUUGAACCAUAGUUUAACUCAGGAUCCAAGCUUCGAUUCAUUAGGCUCUAAUGAUCAACAAACUGAUAUUAAUUCCUUUGAUCCAGAAAUGAAUAAGGAAGAGAUCGAGGAAAGAGAAAGAUUAAUUCAGCAAGUAUUGGAGCUACAAAACACUUUAGAUGAUCUAUCAUUGCGAGUCGAUGGUGUAAAAGAGGAAAAUCUGAAAUUAAAAUCUGAGAAUCAAGUUCUUAGUCAAUACAUAGAGGACUUAAUGUCUGCAUCAACUGUUUUUCAAUCGACAUCACCAAACGUUUCCAAGAAAAGGGGGAAAUUAUAAAUAUAUUGUUCGUGCUGUUAUGUAAUGAAAUGGUUUAACAAUUAUUCAGUGUGAAAUCAAGAAUUAUUUUCACUCUAGAGAAGGACUGCAAUUAUAUAAUUUAAAUGCCAACCAGAUUAAGAAUAAUUACUUUCGAUGAGCUACCUAAUUGGAUGAAAGACAAUGAUCUAGUUAUCACUGGCUAUCGUGCACCAACACCAUCUUUCUGGAUCUGUGCUAAAACAUUAUUUUCUCUGCACAACGAAACAUUGUCUAUAUGGAGUCACCUGUUGGCUUCGAUUUAUUUUUUCUCUCUUUAUGCUUCAGAUUUAAAAUAUCGCCAUUGUCGUACUCUGGUGAAUGAUGAUCUCUUUCUCAAACUGUAUUAUUUAACAGCCACAAUUGCCUUCAUAUGUAGCGCUAUUUAUCACCUGUUUUGCUGUUACUCUCAUUAUGUUCGUGACAUUCUCGUGAAGGUUGAUUACAUUGGAAUAACGAUUUUUAUCACUGGUUCUUUUAUGACCUGGCUCUAUUAUGCUUUUCACGGAGAAACAUCUCAAAACUGUGUUUAUCUUUAUGCUAUCUGUUUUGGUGGCUUAUUGGUUGGGAUUUUGACUCAGCUUGAUCAUUUCAACGCAAGAGAAAGUCGUGGUCAUAGAGCAGGUAUUUAUGUUAUCUUUGGGCUUUCAUUAACAAUUCCAGCCAUUUUGUUGUUUCAAAAAUCUUGUAAAUCACGGCAAACAACUAAAAUAAUCAGUAGCGUGAUCUACACUACUAUCAUCUAUAUGACUGGAGGAUUCAUCUAUACAACUCGACUUACCGAACGAUUAUGGCCCGGAAAAGUUGACAUAAUUGGCCAUAGUCAUCAAAUAUUUCAUGUUAUUGUGGUUAUUGCAUCUAUUGUCCAUGAAAAGAUGAUUGUCUUUAUCGCUACUACAAACGAGGAAAUGGUUGAUACUAAAAAAUGGCUGUUAUGAAGUUAUUUUUAGAAAUAUCUUAUCAUUGAAACAUACUCAUUGCAUUAAAAGAUGUUGAUUAACAAGCUUGAACUACUAUUCAAUCUAAUCAAUAUUUUCAAUAAUGAAAACAUAUUCAAAUUACAGCUUACAAAUUGAUCAAUUAAAAGUGUGAAAAACAAAACAAUGAAAUAAAUUUUAACUAACCCUUUCAAAUAAAGAUAUUUUUAUAAAA